AUGAGCGAUCAGAAACAACGAAUCAUUGAUUCUGUUUUCUCAAGACGAAAUGCAGCUGGUUCUCUGGAAGAAACAUAUGUCUCUCAUGUCAAGAUUUGGGAAGACGCUGGUCCUGAAGGAGGAGGCAGGAAGCCAAGAUAUAUUCUACUCUCUCAGGCUAGCAAUGGAACAGGUUUCAUUCACAAGUCUAAACUAAACACGAACGGUACCUUUUCCGUUGGUAAAACUUGGGGGCUUGCAGAACUUCGAGCAAUAUCUGUCAUUGGCCCACUCGCUUUCAACAUCACAUUAUCUAGAACGUAUCGAUGGCAAACCGAAAGCCAGCAAGAUCAAGAUGCUUUCAUUAAAGCGAUGAUUCAACUAUUCCAUAUAGUGACAGGUGGAUCUGCACCGCUACGACUGGACGGACUUGGGGAUAGAAGACAGCGGAUACAGAGUGAUUAUUUGAGUAGUACCGCACGAGCACCGUCUCCCUCUGUUUCUCCGAUGAAACCAACUGUGGCGAAGCCGCAGCCUCGAGAAGACCGUCGCCUGGACUCAGAACGUGUCCCUUCCCCUGCGCCGCCCUCCCGAAAUGGCGCUCUUUCCCGUCCUUCUUCCCCAGCUGCAUCUACUCGCAGUCAUGGCACAUCAUCUGGUCGCCCUACGCGAAAUCGAGCACCAUCACCGACUCAAUCGGCCUCUGGGCGUGCUCGUCGACCUUCAAACGCGGACUCCACUCUUGCAGCUAAUGGUUUGGCUUCUCGGAUCCCUGCUGGUGACCCUGGUCACUCUAUUAAUGGCACUUCAAGACCUUCCAAUAAUUACAACGCACCUUCCAAUCAACCAGUAAUUACAAGGACUACGACGGAGGACACGAUGGUGUCCGCACGAAGUCAACUGUCUCUAAAUGACAGUCUCUCUGUGUCGUCCGCUGUACCCACCCCAUCUCGUUCAGGUCAACCCUCACCACAACCCUCCGUACGUUCCCGGAAACAACCAACCCGGGCAGCCACUGUAUUGACAGAUGUAGCUCGACGUGAUCAGAACGCCCGUAUAUCGUUCUUCGAUCCCGCCAAUCAGGCUCUCAUAGAUCGCCUCAUUGCUGGUCUCAGUGAAAUCGAUGGAGAGGAGGAGAAUAAUCAAGCGACAAUGUCAAAUUUUGAGGAGAUGCUCGAGGGUUAUGAGAUGGCUAGUGAUGAUGUCAUCGGGCGGAAAACUGCUAGAGGUGCUGCGGCCUUGAUGGAAGCGCGACUGCUGGAUGAACUCAUGGCGCUGGAAAAGGCCAACAUUCAUUCAUUCCUGGAAUCAGACGAUCGGAUAGCCCUUGUACUCCAGUAUAUGGAUAGGGCCAUUGCUGAACUGGACAAUAUUGGCACCCUCGUAUCAUCAUACAAAAUUCACUUGAACGCUGUCGGUGAUGAUAUUUCCUACAUUCAAUCCCAGAAUCGUGGUCUUCAAGUACAAACUCAAAAUCAACGCGCUCUUCUUGCAGAGCUGGAGAAUCUUCUGCAAACAGUGCAAGUUGAUACAGAAACUUUACUCGUUUUAACACAGGGCUCCCUAGAGAAACCGGACAAAAUCGCUGAUCUGGAAGAGGCUGCUUCUCAUCUGUAUAGAGCUCUCCUAGCUGGACGAGACACAGAUAUGGCUGCCACCAUGGAACGCUUGCAAGAGUAUAGGACACAUAACGCGCAAUUCUGCAAGCGUAUAUUCGAUUAUCUGACAAUAAUGUUUACCGCGCAGUCAAAGAUGUUACUCGGUGAUUUUGACGGUGUAAAGAAGGAUCGAAAUGGAAAGCCCAUGAUAGUCCCUCAUACCGAAUUCGAGGAAUAUGCAGGACGUUACUCUGGCUUACUGUUAUAUCUCAAGGAGAUGGAUGAAGCUGUUUAUGGAAAAUUAUGUGCGGCAUACUUUUCAGCUGCAAGCUCAUUGCAUGGCGCACAGAUGAAGGCGGUGUUUUCGGCAUACCUUGCAUAUGUCAAAAGAUCAUCAGAAGAUUCCUCUGAGCAAAGUAUGCGUCUUUCAACUACACCUGCUGCUCCAAAUGCCAAACCAUCCGGCAUGCGAAGAGCAGGGACCAUCAUUCGUUCGCCUUUGGACGCGCGGAACAAGGACAAGGACAAAAACGCCAAUGGCGACCUGGCCGCAUCAGAGGUCUUGGCGUUAGUGUUAGAACAGAUUGCACCGCUAAUAUACCACGAAGACGAAUUUCUCACUGACUUUCUCCAAAUUAAUGACGCUGCUUUAACAUAUGCGGACUACAUGAAUCUGGACAAUUAUUUCCGAAGACAAGCAACGCGAAACAAUGGAUUAAGUGCCUCUACAAUGAAGUUACUUCGAGGAGCCAUGGAUCUCAUUUUCGGUUUCUUACCAGCGGAGUUAAAAUCCUGGUUAGAUAGCGCCCUCGCAAAAGAUAGCAUGCAACUCGUGGGGUUGAUAGUUACCUUGGAGCGAUUCCUGGCUGACGCGGACGAGCGGAACGACAGCGUACUUCUCAAUGUUGUUGGGAGGCAACACACUCGUCUCAAAGCACAGUUUGAUCGUCACAUCAACGAACAAAUCCAAAUCGUCGAGCAGACCAAAAUCACAAGUAAAAAGCGAAAAGGUGUUGCACCAUUUGUGAAACGCUUCCCCGUGUAUAUUGCGCGUAUCGAGUCGCAGUUGAUUGGUGCCGAUGGUCUUGAAAUUCGCAUGAACGUUGAUGCUGCCUACGAAAGAAUUGUCAAUACGAUGUUUGAAUCUUUGAAGCAAAUGGCCAAGAUGGAAGGUGAAGGAGAGGAUAAGGGACAACUUAACUAUCAUGUCAUCCUCAUCGAAAAUAUGCAUCAUUUUGUGGCGGAAACUUCGCAGAUGGAGAUUGGCUCCGUAGCGAGUUUCGUCAGAAAGGCGGAAGCCAUUUACGACGAAAAUUUGAAUGCAUACGUGAAGAUCAUUCUCCGCCGGCCGUUUGCAAAGAUUAUUGAUUACUUUGAGGGUGUGGAGCGUCUACUGAAGACCACGGCCCCAAGCGAAAUCUCUACCAAUAACAAUUACAAUCGAUCAUCACUCAAGAAGGUGGUGAAAGAGUUUAACGCCAAAGAUAUCCGCAAAGUUGUCGAUAAUCUUUUCAAGCGCGUCGAGAAGCAUUUCACAGAGGCUUCUGAUCUACAAACACCUGGUACUGAACAAGGUGGCGGCAUCGCUCCAGGUACAGUCAUGGUGGGUGCGUGGAAAGCGUGUGAGGAAGAACUGUUAAGAAUCACCGAGUUAUUCAUGAAGAGGAUUUCACAAUGUUAUCCUGACAGUGGAGUUUCGUUGGAGUAUGGACCUGGAGACGUGGAGGCCGCUUUCAGAAGGCAUCGUGCCUGA